UCUAAUUUCUAAAUGUUUCUUUAUCCAAAUAAAAUUAUAUGUAUAUUCUUUAGAAAUUGGCCGACGCACUCCCGUCUCUCUUCACACAUCCCCGCCGCCAAACAAUCCUCUCGCCACCAGUCUGCCCCGACAUCGUCUUUCUCUCCCUCCUAUUUGAUCUAGUCAGCUCAAUUCCUCUCCUCCUCCGGCGCCUGACCCAAGCCCUCUCUCGGCUUCAAGUUUCCGACAGACCGGGAAAUUAAAUAAGAUAAUCAGGGUUCGAUCAUUGGUCAUUAGAAGUAUGGGUCUAGUUCUCUGAAAACCACAUGAUUGCCUGCCAUUGAGCUCAACUUGAUUGUUGACUUAUUGAAGCUAAAUGUGUUGUGUGUUCAGACUUCAGACCAUUAGUCAAUAAUUGCAUCAGGCAACAUCUUUUGUGUUGAUAGCCAGAUAUUAAUUGCCUUUUUAUUAGCUGUGAGAAGUGUCUUUCCUCUGCAAAAUAGUAAUAGUUUUCGCUUCCCUGCAGAACAAUGAAGUUGGUCAGACUUGUGAAAGCAGUUUGUGCCCGCCCCUCCAUUCGUGAAAUAAUGGGGCCUUUGCAGGUCCGGACAUUUCAGCAUGAUUUUGUUCCUAGAGAUCCCAAUGCUAAGCCUAAAAGGUUCAAAUACCCUCAAGUUUAUGAUCCAUAUGGCCCAAGGCCUCCACCGUCUGAUAAGGUUGUUGAACUGGCAGAGCGAAUUGCAGCCCUACCACCAGAAGAAUGCAGACAAAUCGGUCCUACUCUCACCGAGAGGCUAAGACACCCAAAAAUGCAAGUCAUUGCAGAUGAAGGGAUGGACUUGGGUGCACAGGGUGGAGCAGGUGCUGGAGCUCCAAAAGCAGAGGAGAAGAAAGAGAAAACAGCAUUUGAUGUGAAGUUGGAAAAGUUCGAUGCAGCUGCAAAAAUCAAGGUAAUUAAGGAAGUGAGGGCAUUUACUAACUUGGGUUUGAAAGAGGCUAAGGAACUUGUUGAGAAGGCACCUGUUAUACUCAAACAAGGGAUCACGAAGGACGAAGCAAAUGAUAUAAUGGAGAAGAUAAAAGCAGCUGGAGGAGUUGCUGUCAUGGAAUGAGCUCAGCUGCUUUGCUUCUUUUUGUUUAUUAGGAUAAUGUUGAAGAACACUUUUACAGGACUUGUUUCUAGGAUGAAAAGUUUUGGGGGAAGAAAGAAAACAAGAUUAUUGCUUCCUGGUUGUUGCUUAUUUAUUUUUGGAAUUUGACAUGCCUUUCUUCAUUUUUCAAGGAUCAAUAAAAGAUAAGCUGUUGCAGAGCAUAAAA